AUGCCUCCCAUCAUUUCUUCGCCCUUGAGUCCAGGGCAGCAUAGUGCACUACCCGUGGCCAAUACCGGCAGCCUAGAAGGCUUUAUCAAAUAUAUGAGUAUACUAGCAUCAAGCUCUGAAUCUCAGUUUGCAGCGAGCGUGCUUGACGAGAUCACCCAGCAGCGUGAGCGAAUUCAUUCCCAAGAUGAAGAGCUGAAGGCAAACAAAACCACCAUCAGCGGGAUGUUUAAAGCCAACCAGGAUGAAAAAUCAAAACAGCAAGACUCUGCUAUGCAAAUUGAAUCCCUCCGUGCUACUGUUCACGAGAAGGAAAUCAAAAUUGCUGAAUACUCGAACAAUUUGGGGUCUCUACAGCAGGAGAUAAAAGUUUUAAAAUCAACUUGUUCCCAGGAGGCCGCGAAGGUCUCACAGUCUGUAAGAGACAUCACUACAUUGCAAAACAAUUCGAAGGAAAAAGACAAGACGAUAGAUCAAAUGAAGACAGCAGGAUCGAAAUUGAAAUUAGUGUUAUCUUCCGAGCAGAAAAAGAGCAGAGAUCUGGAGGAUGCCAACGCCUCGAUGAGAACAGAGCUGCAGACAAUCCGAGACCGUAUCCAGAAAAUGGAAGAUUUCACAGUCCAAUAUCCGGACGUUGAUGAUGACUUUGCGUAA